CAGCCCCAGUCCUCCCACCGUUUCUCAAUCAAUGCUCUGUGGUUCCAGAACAUGAGCACAGAGCUUGUUUCUACUUUUUAAUUGAUGUGAAUAGCACCCCGCCGAGAUGCUCAGCCGUGCUGCUCUGCCUCUGAUGAGGCACAGAGCGAUUCCCACCACUAUCAGAUUAUCCUACACAACGCUCCAGUCAAGGUAUUAUGCCAAAAACCACAAACCCCAUGGCUACGAUAUCCCUUCGUCUGCCCCUUCAUCUAGCUCUCAUGUCAAUCCCUCUCAAAAACCACGAGUCGUCUCCCAACCACCAAAUCCCUCGAAACCAAAGGACUUCUCCGAAGAACAGACGGAAUUUGAAUCAAACCCCGAAUCGCAACAGAAUGAAGCUCCACAGUCUACCGGUGCUGGCGCUGGUGUGAGCCACGCCCAAACGGGGCCAUCCGGUGCCGGUGCAAAAUCCCCGGAGUUUUCAAAUAACCAGACCGAAUUCGAGACAGAGAGCCGUCCCACGGAAGAUGCCUCGGAGUCGCAGUCUGUGCAGCAACCGCAGCAGCCUCUUCCCGAUCUUACACAAGGUAUCCCGUCUACGAUAGCCGAAGAGUUGGCUGCCAAAUCGAGACGCCGUGGUCCCACCGGCUUGAACCUCACAGAAGAUCCCGAAAAGGGUGGUGCUGGAGAUGAGAGCGGCGGCGGUGGUGAUAUUCCAAAGAAUGCCUAUGUAUCUUCUCUUGAUCGCCGUCGCACCCGACUUGCAAACCUGACGUAUGCCAUUAUGCUCAGCGUUGGCCUCGCUGGGACGAUAUAUCUUGGUCGAGACUGGGCUACAGAGGAAGAGGAGAAAGCCCAUCCAGAUGCCCCUUCGGGCUGGGGAUUCGGCCUGUUCUUUAACCGUAUCAAGGCACGUUUCGAUGAUUUGACAAGCUACUACAAAGACCCAGCUUUUGAGAAGCUUUUGCCCGAAGAGGAUCCCGCGCUGAGGCAGCCAUACACACUGGUGCUCAGUUUGGAAGAUCUUCUUGUUCACAGCGAAUGGACUCGGGAACACGGAUGGCGAGUUGCUAAACGCCCAGGAGUUGACUACUUCCUCCGGUAUCUUAAUCAGUACUACGAGCUCGUCCUCUUCACCACCGUUCCUAGCAUGAUGGCCGACCAAGUGCUUCGCAAGCUGGAUCCCUAUCGAAUCAUCCGCUGGCCGCUAUUCAGAGAAGCCACGAAAUACGAGGAUGGUGAAUAUGUUAAGGAUCUCUCUUACCUCAACCGUGACCUCUCCAAGGUCAUUUUGAUCGACACCCAUGAGCCCCACGCUAAACGCCAACCCGAGAAUGCCAUCAUCCUUCCUAAAUGGAACGGUGAUCCGAAAGAUAGAUCCCUUGUUGCUCUGAUUCCUUUCCUUGAAUACGUCGCGGGAAUGGGUAUGGAUGACGUCAGAACUGUCUUGAAAUCCUUCGAGGGCACGUACAUCCCCGCCGAAUUCGCUCGACGGGAAAAGAUCAUGCGUGAGAAGUUCGAACAACAAUUAGCCGAAGAACGCGCCAAGAGACCAAAGCACAGCAUCGGCAGCAUCGCGUCACUCUUCGGUAUCAAGCCAAUGGGAACGGCUAUCGAUGGGUUGGAUCAUAGUACCACUGAGGGCUUGGAGCAGGGCAAGAUGCUCUGGGACCAGAUCCGAGAACGCGGCCAAAAGCAAUACCAGUUGAUUGAGAAGGAGAUCCAAGAAAAUGGAGAGAAAUGGCUUGCCGAGAUGGCUGCAGAGGAAGAGAAGAUGAGAGAUGAGCAGAUGAAAGGGAUGAAAAAUAGCUUCACAAGUUUCUUUGGAGGUGGCGGCCAGGAGAAGAAAUGAACUCUUGAAGUGCCUCCCCGGUGAUCAUGAGAGGGGACAAAUGAUGAUGUGAAGACUAAUGUUCCUACCUGCUGCCAUUUGUAUAAAAGGAAGUUCUUUUUUGGGGGGUUCACAUACACCCUGUUUAUCUUGUCUUGGGGUCUCGCGUGCAUGUUGGCGGUUAGGUUACUCCGUCUUUUGGGGGUUUGUCCUAUUCUCCUCUCUAAGCCUUAAUGGGUUUGGACCUGGAGUCAUCAUCGUUGUUUUUUCAGUUUCCCACCGUCCAUUUUUACUAGCCCUUUGCUCAUUAGAGUUCAUAUUGACACAUUUUCCCUUCAUGUUCUCUUAGCAAGACACCUGGUCUAGCCCAUACAACUGGAAAUUCUAUGUACCAUAU